AUGAAGCGCCGGCGUUUGCUAUAUAAGCAGCCUCUUCCUGCCGCGCCGUCGAGUGAUGAGCUUGGGCAGGUGAGAACGCUUGUGAGAGACAAGUGGGUUGCCUCCUACCUUGCCGAGCAUGGACGUGGGGGUCAGGAUGCACGUGCUGCGGCCAAACGAGAGUUCACCUCAGCCGCCAACAAGCGUCAGAUGCUGAGUUCCAUGCUGGAGUCUGGGCAGGUACCACCCCGGCUUCAUGCAGCAGCCACCCGUCUAAUCAUGGCUUGGACAUCUGAGACGCCCCUCCGUGGCCCACAUGAGGUGGAGGAGGAUGUCAUGAGUUCGUACCGUGGCAGUGGGACUAUGUUUCGGUAUUCAGGGUCGUGGAGCCGUGUGGACGAUGCCGCAAUGUCGGCGGUGCUGGUUGCGAAGGGUCACAAUGGCAUUUCUGAGGUAUGCAGUCGCCUCAAGUGUCACCCCUAUGUGCAAGGAUUGUGGGACGAGUUCUCGGCCUUCAGGCAGCAGCUGGUGUCAAGCACACCUAUCACGCGCUGGACUGCAGCCAUGGAGCUACAUGUGGAAGCUUCGCUUGCGGCCAACCCUCCCAUUCCAUCGGUACACAUACAUUUUAUGUUUGAUGCCAUUGGCAAGACCAUCUCAUUUCGAAAUGAGCCUGGAUUGAAGUUUCGCAACUCGCAGCCGUACAGGUCGCUUGCAGCACCAGUCGCCCGCGGACGGGCUUGCAAACGAGCCUAUGAUCAGGGGCACUUUUACUUGACUCCGCUCAAGACAGGUGCCAUACUCCAUGCCACAAAUGCACCACCGUUCAAGUCCUAUGCAGUGUCUCCAGAAUGGAUCACAAGCAUGUGGCAAGGGGAUAAAUUGUCUCCGGAAUCGGCCAAGGAACUCUAUCUCAAGUGCAAAAAGCACGUCAAACAGUAUUGUGACAAUGUCACAUCACAGGUCCAGAUGACCCAGCAGAGCAACUUGCAGGAACGCCAGGCUGCAGCACAGGCAGCCUUGCUCCGCAUGCAUCGUCCUCGGGUGUAUCUGGAACCAGUGGAACAAGAGUUCUUGCCUCAAUUCCAGGUGGAUGCUUUCAGACGACGCUUCUUGGUGCUGGACGGACCCACGAAGCUCGGCAAGACGAUCUUUGCCUCCAGCCUUGCAGGACCCGAACACACUCUGGAGUUGAAUUGUGCAUCGUCCAUGGAACCCAAUUUGCGGGACUUCAACAAUGAUGUUCAUCGCGCGAUCGUGUUUGAUGAGGCAUCUUGUGCCAUGGUUCUCCGGCACAAGAAGCUUUUCCAGGGUGGUGUGCAACCACUGGAACUGGCCAGCUCCAACACGAAUUGCUACUCUUACAAGGUUUGGGUCUAUGGCACGAUGAUGAUCGUCACAAGCAACACCUGGACUGCAGAGUUGCAUGAGCUGUCACCUGAGGACGCAUCAUGGCUGCGUUCCAAUUCGGUUGCAUGUCUUCGAAGAAAGAUUUCUUCGUUGUCACGGACGAGAAGAGCCGAGAAGCAGCGGGAAGCCAACAUGGGCUUGAAUCCCCGUCAAGUGUUUGUCUUAUUGGCGAUUUAUGUACUUACUGGUGACCCAGCGGUGGCUCUCGAGUAUAUCAGCGCGAAGGCUGCGCGUGAAAGGAUGGAAGAGGCAGACGCAGAAGACAAGAAACGAUAUGUAGAAGAGCUGUACCUCAAAACAAGCUUGGAAGACAUAGCAUCGCUGCAGGAUCCUUCUGGUUCGCGGCAGGGCAUUUACAAGACUGCACAGCGUUGGAUUGCCAGACGAAGAACCAGAAACUUCGUGUGCAAUAUGAAUGCGAUUGGCGUGGCUCCAAGUUCAGAGCAAGUUGCAGAAGAAUAUCGCAAACAAAGUGCGUCCUCUGUACCAACUACCGAUGCCCGUGGAUUACGAGCCUGGAGCAGUCGCUUCCGUCGCAGUUUUGCCUUCCGGCUGGGCAAGAUGAAAGCGGCCAAGCCAGUGGAAGAUGUUUGUGCAAAGGCCGUGCUCUUCUGGCGCCACGCUGCUUGGUUGGAACGCUCCAGCGCGAAGCAGCCAGUCUACAUCAAUAUAGAUGAAACGGCUUUAGCCUAUUCGUUCCAUGCUGCCGAGGUUGCGGGACCUGAGCUUCCACGAGAGCCCGACCGUGUGGAACUGCCCCAGGUACAAGCCAAGCAGCUGAGCAAGGUGGUAAAGGUGAGAACGCUUGUGAGAGACAAGUGGGUUGCCUCCUACCUUGCCGAGCAUGGACGUGGGGGUCAGGAUGCACGUGCUGCGGCCAAACGAGAGUUCACCUCAGCCGCCAACAAGCGUCAGAUGCUGAGUUCCAUGCUGGAGUCUGGGCAGGUACCACCCCGGCUUCAUGCAGCAGCCACCCGUCUAAUCAUGGCUUGGACAUCUGAGACGCCCCUCCGUGGCCCACAUGAGGUGGAGGAGGAUGUCAUGAGUUCGUACCGUGGCAGUGGGACUAUGUUUCGGUAUUCAGGGUCGUGGAGCCGUGUGGACGAUGCCGCAAUGUCGGCGGUGCUGGUUGCGAAGGGUCACAAUGGCAUUUCUGAGGUAUGCAGUCGCCUCAAGUGUCACCCCUAUGUGCAAGGAUUGUGGGACGAGUUCUCGGCCUUCAGGCAGCAGCUGGUGUCAAGCACACCUAUCACGCGCUGGACUGCAGCCAUGGAGCUACAUGUGGAAGCUUCGCUUGCGGCCAACCCUCCCAUUCCAUCGGUACACAUACAUUUUAUGUUUGAUGCCAUUGGCAAGACCAUCUCAUUUCGAAAUGAGCCUGGAUUGAAGUUUCGCAACUCGCAGCCGUACAGGUCGCUUGCAGCACCAGUCGCCCGCGGACGGGCUUGCAAACGAGCCUAUGAUCAGGGGCACUUUUACUUGACUCCGCUCAAGACAGGUGCCAUACUCCAUGCCACAAAUGCACCACCGUUCAAGUCCUAUGCAGUGUCUCCAGAAUGGAUCACAAGCAUGUGGCAAGGGGAUAAAUUGUCUCCGGAAUCGGCCAAGGAACUCUAUCUCAAGUGCAAAAAGCACGUCAAACAGUAUUGUGACAAUGUCACAUCACAGGUCCAGAUGACCCAGCAGAGCAACUUGCAGGAACGCCAGGCUGCAGCACAGGCAGCCUUGCUCCGCAUGCAUCGUCCUCGGGUGUAUCUGGAACCAGUGGAACAAGAGUUCUUGCCUCAAUUCCAGGUGGAUGCUUUCAGACGACGCUUCUUGGUGCUGGACGGACCCACGAAGCUCGGCAAGACGAUCUUUGCCUCCAGCCUUGCAGGACCCGAACACACUCUGGAGUUGAAUUGUGCAUCGUCCAUGGAACCCAAUUUGCGGGACUUCAACAAUGAUGUUCAUCGCGCGAUCGUGUUUGAUGAGGCAUCUUGUGCCAUGGUUCUCCGGCACAAGAAGCUUUUCCAGGGUGGUGUGCAACCACUGGAACUGGCCAGCUCCAACACGAAUUGCUACUCUUACAAGGUUUGGGUCUAUGGCACGAUGAUGAUCGUCACAAGCAACACCUGGACUGCAGAGUUGCAUGAGCUGUCACCUGAGGACGCAUCAUGGCUGCGUUCCAAUUCGGUGCACGUCUACUGCACACAGAAAUUGUAUUGCUAA